AUGGAGUCUGUUCCCAAGAACCAGCAGAUUAACAUGAGAAGCAGUCUUCUGUCGCCUCUAGGCCAGUACCGGAGAGAACAUAUCCCUGUUUCCAAAGGGAAAAGGGAGAGAGUGGCUAGAAAGAAGGCACAGCAAGCUCGUCAAUCUGGCGAGGCAGCACCGCCGCCUCCCGAGCUUACCGAUUUCGUGGAUGUUGGCCUGGCCAACAUUACUAGAAAUCUGCAAGCUUCUGCGAGGGUGGGACAUUCGCAGAGUCACACGCGCUGCGAAAAGAAGAGGGACCGCGAUGAGAAACUCGAUGUUAACUACACGGCUAUCUUUGCGGCGAGGUCAGGGCAGCCAAACGCCCUUCACUCACAUCUGCCGCAGAUGAUCGCUGUUGCGACUGAGUCGGGCGGUGUGAAAGACCCAAUCCGUCUUGUCGGCUUCUCAAAGUCUUGUGAGGAUCGGCUGAGUGAAUGCUUGGGCAUCCCCAGGGCGUCAAUCAUUGCAAUACGGAGUGGUGCCCCGCGAUCGCAAGCUUUGAUCGACUUUGUCAGAUCUCACGUUCCAGCCGUCGAAGUGGCCUGGUUGAAGGAAGCUGAGGAGGCCCAUCAUCUGGCCACCAAGAUCAAUGCGUUGGAAGUACCUAUUGGAGCCAAACGGCAGAAGAGGGAGGCGACAUAA